AUGGCUAGAUUGAAUCGCUACCGCAAGCAAUCUUUCAAUCCCGACUGCUUGGCUCCUACCCUCGACGAGCUUGCGUGGGACGUCUAUGAUGCACAGAAGACGAAGAGGUACAGCAAACUGUACGACUUGAUGGGCAAGGCAACCAAGAAUGGCAGCGUUGCGAAGUCAGACGAGUUCAAGAACAGCGUGAAUCAGCUGUACCGCGAUGUACUCAGUCAUGUCGACUUCAUAGCCACCACUCCUGUCCCUGCCGCUACCGCGUUCGAUGGAUACUUCAAACCCGAUAUUGUGAUCUUCGACGAGUCUCCUCACGCCCGCGAGGCUUCGACUUUAGUCGCGAUAGCCAAAUUUGAGCCCGUUGCAUGGAUAUUCAGCGGUGAUCAUCGUCAAACUCGGCCCUUUGUUGCCUCAGACGAUGUUCGGGAUAACCCUUGGGUUCCGCAGAUGCUGCGGCUCGCUUCGGGAAUGUUCUACAAGAUGAAGAUGAUUAGCGGCCACGCGGACGACAAACUCUUUCCGCCAUCGGUCCAGCACCUACAGCGAUACCUAGAGCGCUUCUUAGAUCCUAGUCAGACAUGCCGUGAGCCUCGCUUGAUUGUCUUCAGUCCCAGGCGCAGCGAAGUCAAAGUCGGCACCAGCUGGUACAAUGAGGAUCAUGGAGUUUUUGUAAUGGAUCGCGUCAUGGAGCUGCUCCAAGAUCCAAGCUUCCGUCAGGUCGGGCGGACUGAUCGUGGAACCAUCCUCAUCAUUGCCCCAUACAAAGAAGCGUACAUGAAGUACAGAAAGUCCAUAAAGAACCUUCCGCAGACGUUCCAGGCACGCCUGGGUGUCGAGGCUCGACUCGAGGCUCGGACCAUCGACAUCGCUCAAGGAACUGAGUCUGAUUUCGUGUUCGUGGACCUCGUUCGUUCCAGCGCUACGGACUUUAUUGACGAUCCCCAUCGACUCUGUGUUGCCCUCACGAGAGCUCGCCAGGCUGAGGUUAUCCUGAUGCACCCUGGAAUGCGCAGAGGCACCCAGUUCCUUUCUCAGGUAUUUGCUCAUUGUGACCAAUUGGGACAGGUCGUUACCACUGAGACGUCUCCCAGACAGAUAGCUGCGGCUCCGGACGAGGCCAAAGCACUGGAGCAGGACGCGGCUCGUCGGCCUGCGAUCGAACGCGAGCGUGCGAUGCUGGGAUUGGAGCCCCGUAUCGAGACUGUCAGCCCAGGCAACUCCAUGGGUGACACCUCCUUGACCGACCAACCUGAGCCCGAGUCUAUUUAUGCAUCUGAAUUUGCCAGCAUGGCCAAAAUCAUGGAGGAUAUCUUGGAAGGAAACAAGAGGAACCAUGUUCCUCAGGAGCAGUUUCCGAGCCAUGGUGAUCGGGUCGAAACUGAGAGCGCACAGCCCUGUGCAGCUUCAACUGUCAAUGAAGCACUUCCUGGUCGACCUCCUGGUGGCGGCUUUUCGAUAGGAGGCGGAUCUGAUUUCAAUCAACCGGGUCUCGCGAAUUCUCGCUGGAUCUUGCCCGAGAAACGAGGUACAAACCAGCUCCCGUCGGCCCCGGCUGUCCAGCGGGGUCAUGACACGACUUCUGGUCUCAAUGGAAUUCGCCCACCUCGAGCCACUGCCCAAGGCCCACUUGUGGGUCAGCCUGGAGACGCUCGUCCUUCUCGACCAACCCCUUCUGUUGAGACAUCUGGACGGACUGCGGCCAGGCCCGUCGCGGCGGCAAAUGGAGGAGCACGCAAUCAUGAGGAGACCAGCUCGCUCCCUGCGGGCCAGUCAUGGUGGUGA